AUGGAAUCUCUACUUUACCAAACAAGAUUUAUGGAAGGAGAAGAUGCAAUGAUAAGACUCGGUGGUCCAAUUGCGUUAUUGAAAGCACAAACAACACAAACAUUUGAAUUUUGUGCUCGAGAAGCCGCCCAAAUUUUUGGUGGUUUAGCUUAUAGUCGUGGCGGUCAAGGCGAAAAAGUCGAACGUUUAUAUCGUGAAGUACGUGCUUACGCAAUUCCUGGUGGUUCUGAAGAAAUUAUGCUCGAUUUGGGUGUCAGGCAAUCUCUAAAAGUUGCACAGUUCGCUGGAGCCAAACUUUAA